AUUUCAUCCACAGCUAUUAGGAAGUUCUAGCUUUUACUGAGUCCAAGCUGUCCACAUUUUAUGGAAAAGAGAAUUAUAGCAAUGCACCUAUCCAUUACUUACAUGAUUGUUUCCCUCUCUCUUGUGACAUCAAAAGAUUCUUGUCCAAGGAACAACGAACUAAUUAAUUGUAUUCAACAUCAACUUAGACCACUAGAAGACAAUGGUGUAAAAUGUAACUGUAACAAAGAAGACGAAACCAAAAUAGGCUUCCUUGCUACCCCAUCGAGACCUCUGAAAAAUAUUAAAAUGCAUGCUACUGUGAUAUAUGAUCUUGUUAAAACCAACAUUGGUGGAGGAUACGAUCCUGCAACCGGCAAGUUUACCGCACCUUCUGAUGGCUUGUAUUAUUUUAGCUGGACUACACUAACAAAUCCUAAUGGUGGUUUCAUUACGAGUCUUCAGCUGAAUAAUGAUAAGGGAAUUAUCAUUGGAAAUCAUGCAAGAGCCAGUGGUAUUAAGGAUUAUCUACCGUCUAGCCAAAGUGCAGUUGUUUCUAUGAAAAAGAGGGAUACAGUUUACAUAAGGAACUGGGCUUAUGGUCACUACAUGUCAAAUUUCUAUUCAAGCUUCAGUGGUUUUAAGAUCUAAUUGGCAUACAGAUUCGGACAUUGCAGUUGUUUUCAAUUUCAACAAUAAACAGUUAAUACAUA